AUGGACGCCGACGCCCUCGCCGAGAGAGCGGCGGCCACGGCGUCGGUCGCGGCGGCAAAGUUAAGCUCGGCAGUGGGCCGCGUGGACCAGACGGUGAAAGAGGUGCUGGCCGAGCAGGGCGCUCCCUCCCUCGACGACGUUGCCGCGGCCGCUCGGCAGCAACUUGAGUCGGCCGGGAUCAGCGUCGAUUCAUUCCCCAACGCUGCUGUCGCUGCUGUUAUGGCACCUGGCGGCGGCGAGUCUGUGCGAGCGGCGCUGGACGCGGUGGCAUCGUCGGAGGAGCUGGAGGCGCUCAGACGGGAGGGCAACCGGGUGCUUGGCCACGUGCUGGCUUCCGAGUCUGCCAUCUCUGUGCUCGGGUACGUCGAGGAGCAGUCCGUCACGGCGGCCGCGGAGAGCGCGGCGGUCAUCGACGGCGCAGUCAGCCGCCUGCGUGGCGCGGUGGACAGCGGCAUCGUCGGCAGCGCGGUCAGUGCGGGCGCAUCGUUCGUCGCCACAAGCGGCGUCGAGCCGGACGCUCUGCGCAGAGUCCUCGCGCUCGCCACCGGUAGCCUGCAGCCCUCGCCACCGGCGGUGCAGGUGCAGCUCCGCGUCGUCGGCGGGAGCGUCAAGUGCGACGUCUGCGCCGGAAGCAGUCAGGGCGGCGGCGACGGCGGGCAGCCGGGCGACGGCGGGCUGGGCGACGGCGGGCGGCUGGGCGGAGCCGUCCAGUGGGUGCAGGAGCAGAAGCUCGGGCAGCAGGCGCUGGCGCACGGGGUCGCCGCCCUGCAGCGGCUCGACAGCGGCGCAGUGCAGGCGAUCUGUUCGGACGGGGAGCGCGCGCUCGUCGACCCGGAAGCGCGCGCCGAGCUGCUGAGCCGCGCCCGCGACGCGCUGCUCUCGUACCUCUCCUCGUACCUGCCGACGGUGGAGCUGAGCGACAUCGACCUGAGCAGCCUGCACAUCCCGCCCGACCGCCUCACUCUCGCCGUCGCGGACGGCGAGCUCGAGUGCCACUCGGGCGCGUCUGAGAUUCGCCUCUCCUUUCGACUCGACCAGACGUCCGCCGCACGGGCGUGGGCGGCGGCGCGGCUCGCAAAGGCGGCCGGCGGCGUGGCGGACGCGGCGGCGCCUCCGAGAGGGGCGGCGGAGGAGGCGGCUGGCGGCGCGGGGCCGGCUCCUCCGCAGCUCGGCAUGGACCCGCCCCUGAUCAAGCUGCACCACCUCGACCUUACGGUGCGCAGCAGCGGGUCCGCCGCGAUGGGCUGGCUCGCGACCAAGGCCGCCUCGCUCUUCUCCGAGACGGUCAAGACGCGCAUCGAGCAAGCGCUCGCCGCGUCGCUGCAGAAGAACGCCGCGGCGCUCCUCAGCAGGCUCAACAGCCUCGGGGAGGCCUACUGGCCGGCCAUCCUCGACGCGGCGGCGGCCAGCGUCGGCAGCGACGGCGCCCUCGCGCUCGGGUCUUCAGGCGGCGGCGGCGGCGGCAGCGGCGGCGGCGGCGGCGCGACCGUGACGGCGGCCCCAGCGGCGGCUCCCGCAGCAGCGGUGGCACCGCCUGUGUUGGACCUGGACUGAAGUGAAAAGCUGCGCUUUAACUAGAUACUACUGUCCAAGCC